GACGUGCAACCGCCAUGAAGGCAGCAGCUAACGCACCCACCCGGAUUUGUAUUUGCCCAAGCCACUCCAAUACACUCUUUGCUAUUAAUGAAAGCAUAAUAACAUAUUUCCUGAUUUCGCCGUGGUAGCGCGCCUGACCAAAUGCCCCGGAUUGCAACAGUGGCCAUACUCCAAGCAUAUACACUGAAUCCUCUUCUUCCGCUCCUCUUGAGGGAGUGCCGAUCGCUUUCGUCGGCAAAAAACGAAUUGCAAUGGCUGUAUGAACGAGCUCUAUGUAUUGUGCGAUCAAUGUCAAAUUAUCGGCGAAAUGUGACGAACCAUAGAGUUUAUGGCUGGAGAAAUCUCUUGAGAUCAAUGUGCCUGGCACGGUCAAGGGGUGUACCUCUCCAAUACAUACUGGGGGAUCAGCCUUUCGGGGAACUUGACAUCAAAUGUACAAGGGGUGUGUUGAUUCCAAGGUAUCAAUACUCCAAUUAAUCCGAUCCUCGUUGCCGUCAGAUGUAUCCUAACCCCCCCGCCGUCAGGCAUGAAACAGAAGCUAUUACCCUCCACGCUGCGGAGUUGAUAUUGGGUCAAUUCUCCGGCUCGGGGGGAGGAGAAAAGGCGUCGCUGCGUAUCAUGGAUCUCUGCACGGGGACUGGGUGUAUACCACUGCUCCUGCAUUCUCUCCUCUCUCGCCACUUUUCACAGUUAUCGAUUGUCGGCAUUGAUAUCAGUGCUACAGCUGUUAGCUUGGCACAAAAAAAUGCCGAGCGAAAUGUCCGUCUGGGAAAGCUGUCGCAACGUGCAUUGACAGACAUCGGGUUUCAACACAAAAAUAUACUCGAACCCUUCGCUGUCCCCAAUUCCCAGGUUGAUGUUCUUAUCUCGAAUCCGCCAUAUGUUUCGCCGGAGGAGUAUCACGGUGGAACCACGUCACGCAGUGUCCGGAUUUUCGAGCCGAAACUUGCACUGGUGCCACCGGAAAAUAUUGCGCCAUUUAUGAUGGACUCUGGAAAUUUCCGUCCGGAGGAUUUCUUCUACCAUCAUAUUUCAGCUCUGUUGUGCACAUUACAGGUUCGGCUGACUAUUCUCGAAUGUGGAAGCCGCCUGCAGGCCAUGCGGGUUGCCACGGUAUAUGAAAAUGUUAUCGGUAGCCAUAAAGACCUAGUAAAUAAUAAUAUAGAGAUCUAA